AUGCCCAGCAGGAGCAUAUAUGCGCCUUGUUUCACGUUGCAGCCUCCUAAGAUAGCGUAUGGGCGUAGAAGGUCGACCUUCGAGGUGCGCGUAGAGGCAACGGAUGAAAGCUCGAAAGCCGAGGAUAAUAAGAAGCCGCUACGUAGCCUGAAGCAUGUCUACAACAUUGAUAUAAUGCCCCUGAAACAAACUAAGAAGAAGAGCAACGAAGCCAGGAUAAAAACCGGGGGAGCCGAUGAAAGUCAAUCUGAUGUGCCUCGUCUUCCAGCUGGAGAGUUCAGGCCGAAGCAGAGCCUCGGUCAGAACUUCAUUAGCGACAAGAACAUCAUGAACCGGCUCUGCAGUGCGUUCGACAACGAUGAGGGCGGGCAUGCAGACGGCCGCCAGGUGAUAGAAGUCGGCGCGGGAAUAGGGUCGCUGACACACAUUCUCCACAAGAAGUACAAAAAGAUGACAGCCAUUGAAAUCGAUGCCAGGGCCAUCAGCCAGCUCAGCCGGAACAUACCUGACCUAGACGUUAUACACGAUGACGUGCUGCAGGUGGACUACGAGGCUAUUAGCAAAGCCAAGGAGACCAAACUCUGGGUCAUCGGAAACCUGCCCUUCUACAUCACUAGUCAGAUCCUCUUCUGCCUGGUCGACUACAAGAGGGUCAUCGACACUGCCGUUGUCACGUCACAGUGGGAAGUGGCGCAGCGCAUGGUCUCCAAACCGUGCGAGUUCGAAUACUCGAUUCUGAGCGUUGUACUGCAACUCUACUGCAAACCUAAAAUCCUCUUCAGAAUACCGAACCACGCAUUCUACCCGGUGCCUAAGGUAGACUCGGGGGUGGUCCGGCUGGACUUCAAGGGCACCGCUAAUCCGCCUUGCGCACCACUCGUGCUCAAACGCAUACUCAGGGAUGCGUUCAACCAGCGCCGCAAGAUGCUGAAGACCAGCCUCAGGGAAUUCCUCGAUCAGCUGGAGAUACCAAGGCUGCCUCCCGACCUAGAGGACAUGCGACCGCAACAGAUGGCUCCGCAGGGGUUCGUUGCCCUGGCCCGAUGGGCGCAGCAGAAGGGUACAUUUAAAGGAGAUGGCGCCCGUUAUGGGGUACAUGACAAUAAAAGGAUGCGUUCACGACUGGGUCCGGCAGAUCUGGACCCCAACCCGCCUCGGGUGUGGAGACAGGAACGCCACGGCGAAUCAUGA